AUGGACCCGGAAAUUGAGCCUUGCGAUGACUUCUACACGUUCGCCUGCGGAACUUUCCUAAAAGAAACCAAUAUUCCGGAUGAGAAGGUGUCAGUGAACACCUUCAUGAUUACUUUGGAUCGAGUCAAGGAGCAGUUAAGGACGCUUGUGAGCGAAGAAUCAGCGUCAAAUGAGGCCAAGCCAUUCCGGUUGGCGAAAGAUUUCUUCAAAGCCUGCAUGAACAAAACUCUGAUCGAAGAAAGAGGCCUGAAGCCACUAAAGACGAUUAUGGACGAUUUAGGCGGCUGGCCAGUGGAUCGCGGCGAUGCCUGGGAUGAGAAAUCCUGGUCAUGGGUGGAAGCUGUGAAGAAGUUCCGCAAAUACGGAUACAGCGUGAACUACAUUUUGGUCUUUCUUGUGGGAAUCGAUCUGAAGAAAUCAACCCAGAGGAUUAUUAUUUUGGACCAAUCUGCUCUGGGAAUAAGUCGCGAAUACCUGAUUAAGGGACUGGAUGAUAAGAUUGUUCAGGCCUAUUACAGCUACAUGGUGGAUCUGGCGGUGAUUUAUGGCGCGGAAAGAUCACGAGCGGAGAAGGAAUUGAACGAGUCACUGGCGUUUGAAAUUAAAUUAGCUAAUAUAUCAUUGCCGAAUGAGAAGAGACGCAAUGCAACAACACUCUACAAUCCAAUGACUAUUGCGGAAGUUCAGAAGGCGUACAACUAUAUUGAUUGGCUGGAUUACAUCAAUGCCAUCCUUCCGGAAAGUCUGAAGGUCGCGGAGAAGGAGACGAUUAUCAUCAGCGUCCCCAGCUUCUUCAAGGACUUGGAAGCGGUUCUCAAAGAGACGCCAAAGAGGACCAUCGCCAAUUACAUGAUGGGGCGAAAUUUUGCCAUCUCAGCCUUCUUCCUCACAGAAGAAGUGCGCAAGAGGCAACUCGAAUUCACCAUGGCCGUGAGCGGUAAGCAGCAGCGGGGCCCAAGAUGGCAGGAGUGCGUGGAUGCGACGGCUGGCAGCUUCUCGAUUGCUUUGGGUGCUUUGUAUGUUCGCAAGCACUUCCGAGAGGACGCCAAGAAAACCGCCUUGGAGAUGGUCAACGGCAUUCGCUCGGAGUUCCAGAAAAUCCUCACCACGGUGCCAUGGAUGGACGAUAAGACAAGGAAGGCGGCAUUGGCCAAGGCCAAGGCUAUGACCACCCACAUUGGGUACCCUGAUGAGAUUAUGGACAACAGCAAAUUGGAGGAGUGCUACAAGGAUCUGAAGAUUGAUUCUUCGAAAUUCUUAGAAUCAGUGCUGGCCGUCACUGUCUUCGGAACGGAUUACGCCUUCAACAAGUUGAGGCAGCCCGUGAAUAAGACCGACUGGUUGACCCGUGCUAGUCCUGCCAUCGUCAACGCCUUAUACUUAGCUCUCGAGAAUAGUAUUCAAUUCCCAGCAGGAAUCCUCCAGGGUCAAUUCUUCUCGGCCGAUCGUCCUCGCUACAUGAAUUAUGGUGCUAUUGGAUUUCUGAUUGGCCACGAAAUCACUCACGGCUUCGACGACCAGGGACGUCAGUUUGACCUGGACGGAAACCUCGUGGACUGGUGGGAGCCCGACACCAAGAAGGCAUACUUGGAGAAGGCGUCCUGCAUCAUUGACCAGUACGGCAACUACACCGAGCCUUCCACAACACUGCAGCUCAAUGGAAUCAACACACAAGGGGAGAACAUUGCGGACAAUGGCGGUGUCAAAGAGUCAUAUCUGGCCUAUCAGAAGUGGGUCGAGAAGAACGGACCGGAACUCAAGCUUCCUGGACUCGAUUACACACCACAGCAGAUGUUCUGGAUCUCUGCAGCUCAGACUUGGUGUGAGGUGUAUCGUCCAGAAUGGAUGAAGAUCGUAAUCAUUACGAACGCCCACUCUCCUGGUAGAUUCCGCGUCAACGGUCCACUGAGCAAUUUACGAGCCUUUGCGAAAGACUUUAAUUGCCCAGAAGGAUCUCCAAUGAAUCCCACCCACAAGUGUGAAGUGUGGUGAAUGAAUUUGUAAUAAUUAUUACAAUCAUAAAAAUUUUAUUCUACCUCGUGCAAGCGGGUGACUGAGGUCAUAAUUAAUACACAAUGACUUAAAAAACUUCUCCUUUAGCCCUAUUUUCUUUAUUCUGACCAAGACUGUGCUUUAUCCUAGCUUUAUCGUAAAAAAAGAGCAACAAGAAAAAUCACGCGGCAAAAUAAACCAUAUAACAUAACCUCAGAAAUUCACGUGCGUAUGAAGUGACAGAUAAGACUUUCCACCGCCGACUACAGAGGUCACCGGUGGCGAUGUGUGGGGAAUUUGUAAAAUUGGUGGGAUAUAGCUGUAUUU